CCGAACACUCCGUUCCCAGACUUCAGAGCAUGAGGUUGGCCUGUUCUGUCACCAUGGAUCCUGGCCAUGGGGCAGGGCAGGGCUGCAGAUGACAGGGACACCCAGGAGAUGCUGGGACAGAGAAGUGCUCCCUACGUGGUAUCCACAGCAGCAUUCUGCAAUGGAUACAUGGAUCACCAUGUCUGACUCACCAGCCUUUGGCCUUGGAUCUGGCAGUGAGGCAGAGGAUGGGCAAAUGGAGAGCAAGGCAGGAGCAUGUGAAGGCUCUGAGGGGAUACGGCUGCCUGGAGGGAAGCCCUGGGCAAUGGCAAGCCAGGUCAGUUUUGAGGAAGAGAGCCAGAAGCAACCUGCUGUGGGGCACUGGAAGCCACUAAUGCCAUCCAAAGGCAACAAGGAGGAGCUGGAGACGGGAUGCCAGGAUGCUGGAGGUGUGGGUGAGACCCAGUCCACCGAGCAACUCAACGUGUCGCGCCUGCGCAGCUCUUCGGUGGAGAUCCGUGAAAAGGGGUCUGAGUUCCUGAAGGAUGAGCUGCACAAAGCACAGAAGGAGCUGAAGCUGAAGGACAAAGAAUGUGAGAGAUUAUCAAAAGUCAGGGAACAACUGGAGCAGGAACUGGAGGAGUUAACAGCCAGCCUAUUUGAGGAAGCCCACAAGAUGGUGAGAGAAGCCAACACUAAACAGGCUGCAGCAGAGAAACAGCUGAGGGAGGCCCGGGGCAAGAUUGACAUGCUGCAGGCAGAGGUGACAGCUCUGAAGACGCUGGUGAUCACGUCCACACCUUCCUCCCCCAACCGGGAGCUGCACCCUCAGCUCCAGAGCCCUUCCAAAGCCGGCUUCAGGAAGGGCCAUGGGCGAAACAAAAGCACCAGCAGUGCCAUGGUCUCAGCUGCCAGACAGAAUGUGUCUCCAGAGCCAGUCACUCGGGAGUGCAGAGAGGUCGACUCCAUCUUAUUUGCCGAGUUCGAGGCCUGGAAGGAAUCUCCAACCUUGGAUAAAUCCUGCUCCUUCCUGGACAGGAUUUAUCGAGAAGACAUAGGACCUUGUCUGGACUUCACUAAGCAGGAGCUGUCGGAGCUGGUGCGAGUGGCUGUGGAGCAGAACCCCCUCCCCAUCGAGCCAGUGGCUUCCCAGACACUCCCUGUGGUGAAGGUGGCAGCAGAAGAGUGUGGUGGGCCAAAUGGGUUCCGGUCACAAAUUGUAACGAAAUGUGCUCUAAGUGGUCUCCCCAGGACCUGCAAGCACCGGAUCAUGCUGGGGGAUUCUGGGAAUUACUACUACAUUUCACCUUCCUGCAGGGCCAGGAUCACAGCAGUCUGCAACUUCUUCACAUAUAUCCGCUAUAUCCAGCAGGGCUUGGUGAGGCAGGAUGUGGAGCUGAUGUACUGGGAGGUCAUGCGGCUCCGGAGGGAGAUGUCCCUGGCCAAACUUGGAUUUUAUCCCAGUGAGAUGUAAGCAGAGGCCUGAGCAUGGAAGGAAACUGCUCCAGUAUGAAGGGCUUUGUGAGUGCAGUGCCUGCCCUGCAAUGGGCCUUUCUCCUUCCCCACCCUCUCUCUGCCUGAAGCUGACCAAGAAGCACAACUUCCACCUUCAGCUGUCCACCUGCUCCAACUGUGACUGGAAUGCAGCUUCCACGCUGUCCCCUCGGAGCUGGGCUGGCCCUGACUGCUCUGAGGUGGCCAUCUAUAGACUUUGGAGUCUCCUAUAUGCAGUGUAUAUCCAUUUUUUUAAACUUUUGUUUUUAUAUGCAGUCUUCUUUGGCAUUUUCUGAGGAGGGCAGGAAUUGUGGACCUUCCCUGUAAGCCAGUCUGUCAGGACAGAUGCUGGCUGUCUGUCCCUGUGCCCCACUCGUUUUUUGGGGGUACUCCGAGGUCCUGCUGACCAUACUCCCAUAACAGCCCAGAAAAUGCCAGCAGAGCACAAUAAUCUUACGGAGAGCCAUGAACAGUUUGUUUCCAAGUACUUCCUUGUUCCUUUUAAAGGAGCCUGUGAGAGAAGCUUUCUGCCAACGGAGUCACAAAGAAGGAAUUGUUCCUCUUUUUAGCUUGCUGUUUGACUCUGGGUUAUCCAGGCUGGGGAAUAGCUGGAGCUGUGCACCUGGGGCCUUCAGCAGAACAAAGGGAGCAGGAAAAUUCCCUAACUCCCAGCUGGCUGCAGUCAGUGCAGGAUGUUUUCUCCUGGACUAGGAAAUCUGCUGCAGUUGUCACAGGCAGACCUUAUUACAGACCCUGUGACAGUUCUUGGUGUAGGAGUCCGCCUUGGUGCUCUUAAACACAAACCUCACCUACAAACAUGCCCUGGAGCUGUUCCUGAUCCUGAGGGAGCUUUGGGCAGUCCUGUUUGCAUUGUUUAGGUAGAAUCCGUUUGCCCAGGUUGGGUUCUUCAUGUCCCAGAAGGAGCAUGCCCAGGCUGGGCAGUCCUGAAGCCCAGAGAUUUCCUCCCUCCUAUUACACUAGACCUAGAAAUGCCCAUUCCAGUGGGAAUCCCAGCUUCUCCUGGGCUGCCAUCCCCAGUGAGGGAAUUGAGACAUCUUUGUGUGCAUGUGAGGGGUGUGGCUGCAGUUCCUGUAUCUUCCAAAUUGUGCUAGGAGGGAGGGAUGUCACUAAAGCUGUUGGAACACACAGAUCUGCCACAGACCCAGGUUUCUUAAAGCCGUGACAGUGGUUUGUAGCCAAUUUAGCCUUUUUUUCAGUGUCUGUGGAGCAGCCACCACCCACCCUGGGGUUUCCAUCUCUGACUGGCACAUCGCCCUGCCCAGCACCAGAUCACCAUCCUCAGCUCCAGAACCUUCAGCUUCUCCUGAGGGAUGCUACAGUAAGAACUCAGUUUUAUUCCACUAAAGACACAAACUGAGCUGCUGUGGUUUUGCCCAGAGGAUGGAGGAAUAGACAGGGAAGGCAAAAGCUUUGGUUUCCCCAGCUGCAGAUUUCAGCUCAGGUAAAUUCUAUCCCUGGAAUUUCCCCUUUUAUCUGCUCCCCCUGACCUUUUGAUCUCUCCAUGUCUUCCUGUGCCAUUGGCUGCUACAUUGCACAAUAUGUGGCUGCAUUGCAGUGCUGGGAAUGAGGUGAUCUCUCAAGGUAGGAGAUGUUUUGGUUUGUAGGAUUUUUUUCUUCCCCUCAGUGUCACAUUGUAAAGCACUUUUGAGAUGAAAGGAAUUGGAGAAAUGCCAUGUGUGAAGUUGUCUUACACUUGAAAUGAAGCAGAGAGAACAAUUUGUAAAGGAAAAUGAAGUCACUCCGUUAACUGCGGGAUGGUUGCACCCUGCUCUUUAAUAAUGGAAAAUAAACAUUUGCUAUUAACCUCUAAAAGUCUGGUUGGAGGU